AUGCGCGUCAAUGUGCAGCGUGCGAUGCCGAUGCGCGUCCACUCGUUUAGCAGCACCGUGCGGGCGCUCGAAAAGACGCCUUCCGCUCCUAAAAAAGACGCCAAGGCCGAGGAACUUACCAAGAAAGAGGAUGUGACUGAAAAGAAGAGCUUGAUGACCAAGAUCAAGGAGGAGGCUGCGCACUACUGGCACGGGACCAAGCUUCUCGGGAAGGAGGUCUCGAUCUCAUUCCGCCUUUUGCGGCGCAUGCUGCUUGGCUACACGUUGACUCGGCGUGAGCACAGGCAGCUAAAGCGCACCAUGGGUGAUCUUUUGCGUCUCAUUCCCUUUAUUCCAUUCGUGAUGAUCCCCAUGGCGGAGCUGCUGCUCCCGGCCGCGGUGAAGCUGUUCCCCAACAUGCUGCCGAGCACGUUUGAGAGCAAGUUUGCGGUCGAGGAAAAGAGGCGUAAUUUGCUCAAGAUCCGUAUUGAGAUGGCCAAGUUUUUGCAGGAGUCGAUAAAGGAGGGCGGUAUUGUUGUUUCUGACGACAUCAAGGACUCGGAUGCGUUCAAGGAAUUCUACCGCAAAGUGCGCACAAAGGGUGAAGUGCCGACCAAGGAGGACGUCAUCCGUGUUGCCAAACUGUUUGACGACGAAAUGACGCUCGACAACCUCACUCGCCCGCAGCUUGUGUCCAUGUGCCGCUACAUACAGGUGAAUGCGUUUGGCACGGACAAUUAUAUGCGCUUCCAAAUUCGCCACGCCAUGGGCAGGAUCCGCCGCGACGAUUUGGUCAUUAGCUCGGAAGGUUCGCAGCACAUGUCCUACCAGGAGCUUUUGAGUGCGUGCCAAAGCCGUGGCAUAGGCACGAUGAACAUGUCUGAGGAAGAGGCGCGCGAGUGCCUAAAGGUGUGGAUUAAACUGCACGUGAAGGAAAAGAUUAGCGGCACGCUGCUGAUUCUCAGCCGUGCAUUCUACUUUAGCAGCCACCCCAACAUGCCCAAGACGUCGUACCAGGAUCAGCAGAUUGAUGCUCUGGAACACACGCUCAUGAGCCUGCCAGAGUCGCUUCUGAACGAGGCCGAGCUGCACUUUAGCAAGGAGGCCGCGACGAACAAGCAGCGUCUCGAGGUGCUCAGAGAGCAAGAGGAGCUUAUCGAGGACGAGGCCGAGCAGGAACAGAAGCACGAGGCUGCACAAGACGAGGACCGGAAGCGCAAGGAAUUGGAGAAGCUCAAGCGCGAGACCGAGGCGGCAUCUUUUGCUGUCCCGAAUGCUGCAGCGCCGCAUGACGGAGCGGCAAAGCAGAACGAGCUUGACGAUGGGCGCAUGACGCAGCGCCAGCUCUCGGAGCUCGGCGAGGCGCUCAGCAUCCUUUCCGCCAAGUCUUCCGUGCUGCGCGAACGCAAGGAGCUUUCUGAGUUGAUGAAAUCGCUUCCCAAGGAGGACAGCGAGGCGGCGCAAAAGGCCAGCGAACAAAGCGCGUCUGCCAGCAAGACUCGUGCGCUGAACAAGCGUAUCCGUGCGAUGCUGCAGCGCAUCGACGAGCAGCUCGAAGACUACGACAAGGACGUCGGCUCGCGCAUGCACUUGAUCGAGACCAGCUCCACGGGCAAGAUCAGUGUCGCGGAUUUGGAGCAGGCACUGCGACUCAUCAAAGACCGCCCUGACGAAGACAGCAUGCAAAAGAUUGUUGAUAAGCUCGAUGUGGACCACGACGGACUUGUGCCCCUCGACGAUGUCUUGGAGCUUGCACGCGACAGCCAGAACUUGCAAUCGCCCACGGACCCCGGCGAAGAGGUCCGCGAGCUGCACAAGGAGGGCAAGCGCAUUUUGGAGAAGAAACCACUCAAGAGCGAUAUUGUGAAGAAUGAGUAA